UGAUUUUACUGAUGGUGAUAAUCUUUAGAGAUCUGUCACACUUUUUUUUUCUUCUUCUUAAACGGGGGUAUGAUCUUGAAGCCUUGAACCAACACAUGCCAGCCUAGGAACAAAGGUUUUACAUAUGGCAACUUGCGGUUGCAAUUGUAUAUUGGGAGUUGAAAAAAAUGAGAUCCUGUACUACAAGAAUAAUAUUUUGUGUGUUAUUGUCUGGUCAUAACUCACACAACAAACUUAAGGAUGAAAGGUCAUGGAUCUAUACAAUCCCUUUAUUUUAAUACCUGUUUAUUAGGAGUACCUUUUUGUUCUGCAAUUUAUAUAUUCAUGCUUUAAUAUUCUUUACUAGAACUUGUUAUCCUGUCACAUGGUACUUGAACAAUCAUACAUAUUGAUGGUUUUGAAUUUUGAUACCAAUUACUAGCAUUUGACUUGCGCCCAAAACUAAAUAAAUUGAUUUAACGUGAAUUGUAAUUGAUCCGACUUUUAUAUAAAGUUGUAAAUGGUAGAUAAUUAGAUAUGGAGUAGUACAUAGUACGAAAUACGGAGUAAUUUAAGUAUAAAGUUCCACGCACAGAGUUGUCCGCUUGUCCCACAUUGGUAAAGAAAUAAGUUACUUUAUGCAACUUAUAGGGGUUUAUUUUUAAAAAUUUGCACCCUAAUGCAACAUAAAAUCCUUUUUUGACUUUGUAAGUUGCUUAAUCUUUCUCCAAAAGAAUAAUAACUUUUUUUUGCGGAAGUUAAACAUCUACAAGCAUGAAAACAAACUAUUAAAAAAUAUUACGGAGUUAGAAACAGAGAAAGUAACAUUGUAUACUUCGUUUUUGUAAGUACUUAGUAAUUGUUAAUGCAGACAUGCCAGACGAUACCAUGACUGUGACAAAAUAGGAAGAUUAGAUAAUUGUUACCAUAGCAUUAUUUUUACUUCCUUGUUUCGAGAAUUAUUGUCACAUACUCCCAGACAAUUAUUGCUGCAUCAACAAAUAUAGGAACAAAACCAAGUUGCCAGAAUUGCAUGCACAAUUAUAAAAAUCACUAAAUCAGAAUUGGCUUAUAUGGUUAGUUUUUGACAGAUAAAGAAACAUUUCAAUUGCUUUCCAUAAAAACAGAUUCUAGCCUCUUUGAUUACCAAUUUGUGGAGUAUAAGUUAUUCUAAACUCAAAAAUGAAAGUAACAGAGUAAAAAAAAAAAAAAAGAGAAAAUGUCAGCUGUUUGGAUAGCAGUAAAGAAAUCAUUGCAUUGCAAGUCAACCUCAUCUGAGGUUCAUGAACCAAGACCCAGAAAAAAGAGCAAGAACAACUGCUGUAAGCCUAAGUCAAGAGGAACCGUGCCGCCAUCGGCGUCGUUGUCAUGUAAAUCAACCCUGGAUGAUGUGAUUCAUGGUGGCAGGAGAGUCAAACAAAACUCAUCAAAUCGCAGCCCGAUGUCGAUACGAAGCAGUGAUUUGAUUAACCCUGUUACACAUCAUGUCAGAUUCACCAAUUCUGAACUUAGGGAUCAAGUUCAUAAUAAUGCUGGUGAUUCCCCUGCCUCAAGACCAACAUUGAAGACUUUUGGUUUGGGGAUUGAUUCUCCCUCGAGUAUUUCUAAUGAGCCCGGGAGUACCCGUGUUUCUUCGUUUCGUUGUCAAAGGUUGAGCAAUGGUGGUGGGCAAACAUGUCAUAAAUGUGGUGAGCCAUUAGCUAGGCAGGAUGCUGAAGAACAUCACCUCUCCAAGCAUGCAGUGACUGAAGUCACUGAAGGGGACUCAUCUAGGAAAGUCAUAGAGAUGAUUUUCAAGGCAGGAUGGAUCGACACCGAGAAUCGAGGACGAAUCGACAAGAUCUUGAAAGUCCAUAACCCACAAACAAAGCUAGCACAAUUCGAAGAAUACCGAGAAAUGGUUAAAAUCCGGGCACACAGGCUACAACAUGCCAAGAAGCAUCCCCGUCUCUUAGCCGAUGGCAAUGAACUCCUCAGAUUCUAUGGCACAACAAUUGCAUGCUCCUUGGGCAAAAAAGGGUCCUCAAGUCUUUGCACUUUGCAAAGAUGCAAUGUUUGUUGCAUUCUAAGACAUGGAUUCUCAACUCAAGAUGGGGUAAACCAUAGUAUUUUGGGAAUAUUUACUACUUCGACGAGCGAGAGUGCGUAUAGAAGCAUAGAGUUCGGCACCGAGGAGAAGGAAAACCAUAGCAUGGCCUUAAAGAAGGCUUUGAUUGUAUGCCGGGCGAUUGCCGGAAGGGUGCAUAGGCCAAUGGUCGAGAAUAUUCAGGAGUUUGUAGGUGGUAGAAGAUCCGGGUUCGAUUCCUUGGCUGGAAAACUGGGAUCAAAUAGUUCCCAUGUUGAGGAGUUGUUUGUGUUAAAACCAACAGCUUUACUCCCUUGUUUUAUCAUCAUUUGCAAGCUCUAAAAAGAGCUGUACAGGCAAAUACAGUCUUAAAACAGAAAUAAGAGGAAACAGUUAAAAAGGCAUGGACAA